ACGACAUCGUCCCCAUUGUCCCUCACCCUCGACCAUUGGUCGGAGGUUCGAGAGAGGGCUCACAAUCUCUCCUUACAGGUUAAAAAAGGUAAAUGGCAGACUUUCUGCUCAUCUGAGUGGCCCACAUUCUCUGUGGGUUGGCCACCAGAGGGGACUUUCCACCUUCCCCUCAUCUUAGCAGUUAAGAACAUCAUCUUCCACCCCAGACGAGAGGGCCACCCCGACCAGGUCGCCUACAUCUUGGUAUGGCAGGACCUCAGGGAGGAGCCCCCACCGUGGGUAAAACCCUUCCUUCCUCCGCCCGACUCCUCCAUACCCAAACUUUUGGCUCUGAAAGGGCCCCCUGCCCCGGUCCUGCCUGACUCCCAACCUGACCUCCCUCUGCUCGAUUGUGAUCACCCUCCUCCUUGACCUGCCUUGCCUCCUCCUUAUGCACUUCCACCAACCGUCUCCCCGCCGGAGUCGGAGGCCUCCCUUCCCUCAGCUCCAACUCUCUCUCCGUACUCCCCACCCCCCUCUGCGGCCUGCUCCAAGGCCAGUCCCCCUGGGCCUGAGGGCCCAGCCCGGAACACCCACAGUAGACAGCGGCCGGAGGACCCGGUCGUCACUCUCCCUCUCCUGUCCUAUGGGCCCACUCUAAGUGAUGGGACAGCAGAGGGAGAAAUGCCGGCCCUUCAGUACUGGCCAUUCUCAUCCUCAGACUUAUACAACUGGAAAAAUAAUAACCCCUCUUUCUCUGAUGACCCCUCUAAGUUAACAGGCCUAAUGGACUCGCUUAUGUUCUCUCACCAACCCACAUGGGAUGACUGCCAACAACUAUUGGGGGUCCUGUUCACCACCGAGGAAAGAGAUCGAAUCCUUCUCGAGGCCCGAAAAAAUGUUCCAGGAGAUGAUGGCAGACCCACCCAGAGACCCGAUCAAAUUGACGAUCUUUUCCCGCUGAAAUGCCCCGACUGGGAUCCCAAUUCUGACGGUAGGCAGCAUCUUUCCAUCUAUCGCCAGACUCUAAUGGUGGGUUUCCGGGUGGCCGCAAGGCGCCCUACCAAUUUGGCCAAGGUAAGAGAAAUAACUCAAGGGCCCACUGAGACUCCCUCAGUUUUUCUAGAACGCCUGAUGGAGGCUUACCGAUGGUACACGCCUUUUGACCCUGAAGAUGAAGGCCGACAGGGCUCAAUUGCCAUGGCCUUCAUAGGGCAAUCGGCUCCUGAUAUAAGACAUAAGCUCCAAAGGCUAGAUGGUCUACAAGACCUAACUCUGAGGGAUCUCGUUAAGGAAGCUGAAAAAGUCUACUAUAAACGAGAGACAGAAGAGGAAAAGGAGUUAGCUAGAGACAAAAGAUGAAACAAGGAAUUGGCAAAAGUGUUGGCCACAGUUAUUCAGGGUAAGCCUGAGACAGGAAAGGGAAAGCCCAAUCGCCCCCCAUUAGACCCUGACCAAUGUGCAUAUUGCAAGGAGAAAGGACACCUAAUCAAAGACUGUGAAAAACUUAAAAGGAAGCGAGCCAAAGAGGAACGAGAAAAGCAGUCCUCACAGCGGCAGCGAACCCCCAUGCUCGCCUUAGAUGAGGAAGAUUAGGGACUUCGGGGCUCGGUUCCCCUCCCCGAACUCAGGGUAACAUUUAAGGUGGAGGGGACUCCCGUGGAAUUUGAGGUCGACACGGGAGCUGUUUACUCGGCCCUUCAGGCCCCCUUGGGAGCCCUUUCAACCAAGAAAUCACUAGUUCAAGGGGCUAACGGAAGCAAAUACCGCUCAUGGACCACCGAGCGCACAGUCGACCUGGGAAAAGGAAAAGGAAAACAUUCCUUCCUGGUCAUCCCAGAAUGCCCUGCUCCCCUGUUAGGAAGAGACCUGUUAACUAAAUUAGGGGCAAAGAUUUCCUUUGAGCCCCAGGGACCUCAGGUGACAUUCCGCAACCCGAAGGUUGAACAGCCCAUAGUCACAAUAUUGACUCUGAAGUUGGAAGAUGAAUAUAGGCUCUAUAAUGAUCAGAGUCUUCAGCCUGUUCCUCCUGCUUGGUUAGCUGAUUUCAAAGACUCCUGGGCUGAAACGGCUGGAUUGGGACUAGCCAACCAACAACCACCUGUGGUGAUCACUCUAAAGGCCACUGCCUCCCCCGUCCGAGUUAGACAAUACCCCAUUGGCAGAGAGGCCUACCAAGGAAUUAAGGUACAUAUACAGAGACUUUUAGAUCAGGGGGUAUUAACCCCUUGUCGAUCUGCAUGGAAUACACCACUACUCCCUGUUAAAAAGCCAGGAACCAAUGAUUAUAGGCCAGUACAGGACUUGAGAGAGGUCAACAAAAGGGUGGAAGACAUCCACCCCACCGUGCCAAAUCCCUAUAAUCUCCUCAGUGGCUUAAACCCAUCCAAAACCUGCCAACCUCUAUUUGCGUUUGAAUGGACAGACCCAGACUCCAAAAUAAAUGGACAGUUGACGUGGACGCGCCUCUCCCAGGGAUUCAAGAAUAGCCCAACUAUCUUUGAUGAGGCUCUCCACAAAGAUCUAGCUCCAUUCCAGGCUCAACACCCGGACCUCACUCUACUUCAAUAUGUGGAUGACUUGCUGCUGGCAGCAGAUUCAGAGAAGGACUGCAACAACCGGACCCAACAUCUCCUACGUGAGUUGGCCACUCUGGGGUACAGAGCAUCAGCAAAAAAGGCUCAGAUCUGCAAACGAGAGGUAAUCUUCCUGGGUUACACCCUAAGGGAAGGAAAAAGAUGGCUCACUGAGGCUAGAAAACAGACUGUGGUCCAGAUUCCUCCCCCCAAAAGCCAAAAACAGCUUCGAGAAUUUCUGGGUACGGCGGGGUUUUGCUGGCUGUGGAUCCCAGGAUUCGCAUCCUUGGCAGCUCCCCUUUACCCAUUGCUUAAGGGAGGAUCACCCUUUGUCUGGGGGAAGGAUCACCAACAGGCCUUCGAUGCCAUCAAGCGAGCCCUCCUAUCUGCCCCGGCCCUAGCUCUACCUGAUAACGCAGACCUUUGGGCCAUGGAAACGGCCGGUGGCUUACCUCUCAAAGAGACUAGAUACUGUGGCAAACGGAUGGCCACCAUGCCUAAAGGCCCUUGCAGCAGCAGCCCUGCUCACUAA